UCAGAACUCUACCCCUUGGUUCCCAAAAUCGAUACGAGUCUUCUCAAGUGUGUGGUGAAUACUUGCCCGCGACUGCUCAAGUCGGACCUUAGCUCCCUUUUUCAUGGCAAGGAUUUUUCAGGAUCAUGGAUGACGACCAUCACGUUUUCCCAUCAUAAUAAGCAAAACAAAAUAUCGGAGAAGCUUGAGUACCUCACUGAGACUUUUAUUCGAUCGGCGAUAGAUAUAUGUGGAUCAUUGAAAAAUCUUGGCUAUUGGGCCGACUUCAUUCAUCCGUCGACCGGUAAACCUUUCCUUGGUCCUCAUUUCGAUCAAAACCUCGCUGAAAUGGACAAUCAGUUGGCUAGUUUUGGUUUCGUCGUGGACGAUUUAGGCUGCUGCAGGUUCCUGCGGAGCAAAAUAUCUGGCAAACAAAUGUUUAUCGGUAUUAUUUUUACUGACGCUCCCAGUGAUCACCCAGUCUUAUCCCACUUGUCUUCCAUAGUCGAUUGA